AUGGCCUCGGCCCCUCGGGCCAGCGCCCAGGCCAGCGGGCUGGCCCGGCCCGAUGUCGAAGGCCCGGCCGGCCGGGCGCCCCGAAAGCCGGCGAGUGCCCCGGGCCGGGCCGCGGCCCCACCGGCCGCGAGUGCGCGCCCGGCCUUCCCCAAGCACGAGGCCGAUCCGUAUGACCUGGGCCCGGUGAGCAACACGGCCGGGGCCCGGCUCUUGCGGGACAUCGAGGCCGGCCGGGCGCCCCUGCCAUCGGGCUUCCAGUCGGUCGGGUGCUUGCGCUUCUUCCUGCAAUUGGUGGGCCUCCACGCGCCGGCGGUGUCACUGAACACCAAGGCCCGGCUGAUGGGGCUGGAUUGCGCCACGACCAGCGCCCUGAUCGGGCGCUUUGUCAAGGACGGCCUUGGCCUGCCGCCGCCGCGGGGCUCGCAGGCCGGGGCGCUGAGCUGCCCGCACCUGGCCGACAACUUUCUGCUGCUGGUCCACCGGGACCCGCCGCCGGGGAAGAUCCUGCUGGCCCGGCUGCUGGGGGUGUCGCGGCCGACCGUGGUGCAGCUCAUCCAGCAGCACGCGCCCGGGGUGGACCUGACCCCGCGGCCGUGCUUGCAGCGGCUGCGCGAGCUGUGCGCCAUCGCGCCGGCCGUGCCGCUGCACCAGAUCUCCACGCUGCUGUCGGUGUCGCCGCUGCUGCUCAAGCAAACGAUGGCCAAGUACCUCCAGGGGAGGCCCCACCCCGGGGAUGGGGAUGGGCUGGACUCCGACGCCGAGGCCGAGGCCGAUCGCCUUGCCGGUGGCGGUGGCGCCGGCGGCCUCGCCGGGGGUGGCUUUGGGCUCGCCGGGCCCGGUGGCCCCGGUGGCCCGGGCGACCCGGUGCACCUGGCCCCGCCGGCCGGGCGCCGCGGCCACCGGGGCAUCCCCCAGUCCGAGGCGAUCCCCUGGCCGGAUCGGCUGGACCUGCUGGAGCGGGCCCUGCGGACGGCCGAGCUCCAGGCCGACUCGGAGGCCGAGGCCCGGCUGCGGGAAACCGCCCGCCGGGUGGCCAUCGCCUAUUUGACGGUCUUCCGCCAGGACUCGCGGCUGUGCGACCAGCGUUUCAGGGCCGUGCGCCAGGCCCUGCCGGCCGAGCAGGAGGCCUCCUUGCGGGAGUUGCUCCGGAAGGAUGCCACCUUGCCGUUCAUCGCCCAGGCCAUGGGGGUCCCCUACAAGUCGCUGUGGAAUACGGUGGUCCGGUACUUCCCGAAGCCCCUGGCCGAGGAGGCCCCCCCCCGGCCGGGGAGCGGGGCCUUCCUGCUGACCGACAUCACCUCCAUGCGGCAGUAUGUGGCCCGGUAUUUGCCGGAGGACUCGCCGGUCCGGCGGCAGUCCCACCAGCCGGGCUCCAAGCCGGCCAACCUGCUGACCAUGGCCCAAAGCAGCCGGGCGAUAGACUGGCGCCGGUCGGACCUGGUCCGGGUGUUCGACCCGGCGCAGCACCCGCCCGAGCAGCCGGACCUCCGGCAUCUGGAUGCGGACUUCGACCCGGCCUUCGAGGGGCGCCUCCGGCGGCUGCUGGCCCUGCGGCCGCCGCUCAGCCCGAUCGAGGCCAGCCAGCACCUGGGCGUGUCGGUGGGCCUGAUCCGGCGCACCAUCGACCGGUCGCUGCGCGAUGUGUUCCUCUCGCGGCCGAUGAUCACCCUGCCCACGGAGGGCAUCAUCCGCCUGCGGCGCCUGGCGCGGCAGCUGGCCGGGCCGGCGGCCGGCAGCCCGGACCGCGGCAUCCGGCGCAUGCGGUACACCGUGCCCGACAUCGCCAGGCAAUUGGGCCUGACGCCGGACCAGACCUUCUCCCUGCUCCAUCGCUACUGCCCGGAGUACUUCUUCCUGGCCCUCGGGCCGGAGGCCGGGGCCGGCCCCGGGGGGAUGUAUGUGCCGGAUGGCCGGCUGCCGGAGCUGCUGGACGCCAUCCGGGGCCGGUAUCCGCCGCCGCUGGUGCACCACCUGGCCGCGGAUCUGGGCUGCACCAUCCCGCAGGUGAUCAACUCGCUGCGGGUCCAUGCGCCGGACUUCUCCACCCCGAUGUAUGCCCGGAGCCUGGCCUUCCGGCUGCACGAGCUGCAUGAGCAGCUGCGCGCCAAGCCCGACAUCUCCCUGUCGCAGCUGUACCGCGAGGCCAACAUGCCGUCGCCUCUCCUCCGCAUGACCCUGAAUCACUUUGAGCCGCUGCUGGCCAAGGAUUCGCCCUACCUCAGACUAACUGCCCAGCCCCGGUGAGAAUAGACCCCCCUCCUCCUCC